CUUCCGUUCAAUGCUGAAAAUCAAAGAAUAUUAUUUAAAGCUCAUCUAUUACCGAAUUCAUUAAAAAAACAAAGGGGUCCAAAAUGCCAACUCGUUAAACCAACUCUAAUGGGGAUUUUUAUCUCCUGCAAGGAGAAAGGGGGAUGGAUCAAAAUUCCGAGGGAUUUUCCGCCCGCCGGGGGAUGAUGCAUGCGGAUGUUGAGUAUUUGCAGGGCCUUGGUGUGGGGCUGGCCAACCUUCGAGCAUCGGGGCAGUUCUGUGAUGCAAUGGUCUGUGUUGGUAGCACUAGAAUACUGGUGCACAAGGUUGUAUUGAGUGCUGCAAGUAAGACCUUGCAUGACCUUGCCCUUGACUUUGACAUGAUGUCACACCGUGAACGAGACCAGUUAGAGAUCGUCAUUCCCCCUGAUAUCAGCCUCUAUGCCGUCAACAUGUUUGUCAACUUCAUAUACACAGGCCAGUUGGAGCUGAACAGUCGCAUUGUUGGACAUAUGGAGAGAUUAGGCACAUUGUUCGGUAUCUCCCGUGUUCUCAUACAGUGCCGGGAGUUUAUACAGAGGUCCACUACCCCGGAUAGUCAGAACUUGAAUCUGCAGACAACAGAAGCAGACAGUUCCCUGAACGGUGCCAUGCCCGUUGGGUCGGAACACAGACUCAGCGGCACUCCCGAUGCAUCCAGUCACUUGACUGAGUUGAGUCGCAGUAACUCCGCAUGCUCAGGGUUCAGUGCUGACAUGGGGACGGGUUUUGGCAUGGCAAAUGUGAAGACUGAACCAGCUCAUUUUGCUUCAUACGAGUCUGAACAUCAGCUCAAGGCUACUGCAGAUGGUCAAGACAGGAAUGGUCAAGACAAGACAAACAUGAGUAUGCUGGAGAAACUCAUGAGUCCCAGAGUAAACCUGAAGAAGCUCCCAUCAAACAUCACACCAGAUGUUGUGGUGAUGGUGAGCGAUGAUGAAGGAGAGGAGGGGGAGGUGGUGGGGAAAACCCCUGGGCAGUAUACUCUGGAGGAGAAGGAGGCCGUUGCGGUGGAGGCCAAGAGAUAUGGGACAACACAGGUGUCACGGUCCAGGAAUAUCCCUUUACAGGAUAUCCUAAGCUGGAUGACACUGUUUGGGCUACGUCACCCUGGGGGCCUACAGAAGGUGGACCGUAGAGGCAAGCAGCCUGACCACCAUGCCGACCUUGCCCUUGUACGCUGGAUUGUCCAACAGCAGGAACUCAACGGCUGUGUUGAUCUCAACAGUAUGAAGCAGUACGCUCUUACUGUUCAUAAGGAGACUAAUCCAAAGUUUUGUGCAUCAAAAACUUGGCUCGGGAAUUUCCUGCAGCGGAAUAUGGCUGUUCUCCAAGGGACGAAGUUCGUCCAAGGUGACAAGAUGGAAGUGAAUCUAUAUGAGGCCGGCGAUAGUGACUCCGAUGGAGUGAUAGUAAAACAAGAGAUUGUAGCUGAAGUUGAUGAACAUGGAAAUAUUGUGAGAAAUAAUAUGACAGACAAUGUGCUUGAAAAUUUAGGUUCAGGUGCAGUACUUGAGAACGUACCCAUGACUGAACAGAAUAUGUUGAAUGAAGCUGUUCUUAGUGGAUUUGGAGGCGACAGUUUUGACAAUGGUGAUGAUGAUGAUGACAAUGAUGCUGACUUUGCUUCACAAUCCAUUCAAAGUAUGGAAAACUCAAAUGACUUUACAAAUUCCUACUUAAUGAAUAAAACUGCACCAAUGUCAUCUGAAACAGAUUUUGGGCAGAGAACACAAGGUUCAGUUGUGACACCUUUUGGAAAGAGACCAAUUAUUGUAGGCCAGUCUAAAACUUUUGAUCCAAAGACUGAGAGGAAAAUUGUACAGUGGGUGUUAGAAAGAAAUUCCAGAGACGGCUAUGUGUUUACCGAUGACUUUAAAGAUUAUGCUAGGUCUCUGUAUAUAGGUUCUAAACCAUUUGGUGCUACUCAGUGUUGGAUGAAAAAGUUCCUGCGACGAAAUAGGGCUCUGAAAGAUGUCAAAUUCUGUUCCAAGUACAAAAACCAGUACACUUCUGAAGACAAGCAAACCUCUGUUACAUUAGCCAAAAGAUUUGGAGUUAGCUUUGCCUCAAAGAAAACUGGAAUUAAUCAGAAAAUCAUUCAUAGUUGGAAACUGUCUGCAGAGAAAGGCCUACUGAAUGUUGAUUCAGUCAUGCCAAGUAUUCCAGAUGACCUUCUCCCGUCUGCUAUUCCAGGCUCCAUAGAUUCACCAUCUACCUCUGUCUCCAUGCCAAACAAUUUAACACCUAACCAGAUAGAAACCAAAAAUCAGGCUUGUCAUGGUAUUGUACCAGAAUUUGAAGAUCAGAUCGUGGCAGAAAUUAAAGACCUCCAGGACAGGGAGGGAAGUGUAAAUUAUAAUGAUAUCAGUAGAAUUAGCCAGUCAAUAUACAAGGAAACCAGGUCUACUUUUAAAGCUUCUUAUGGAUGGGUGAAAACCUUCUUGGAAAGGAGAAAAGAUGACUUGUCAGGUAUUGAACUCGAGAAUGUCACUAAGGUUUUAGUUGAAGAUGAGAGUGAGGAGAAUGCGCAGGAUAUGAGUAAAGAACAGGUUUCUGCAAUGGUUGACCAAGCUUUAAGAGCGAUUGAUGAUACAAGUAGUUUUGAAACAUUGUCUGGUACAACUGUCAUUGGGGAAUCUGAAAUUGGAAAAGUUAAAAGACCAAUCAUUGUGGGUCCAUCUGUUAUGUUCGAUCGGAAGACUGAAAAAAGGCUUGUAGAAUGGGCAUUAGAGGAACAAGAGAAGAAUGAUUAUGUUUUCACUGAUGAUUUCAAAGUGUUCGCCAAAUCUCUUCACACUGGGCCAAAACAUUUCUCAGCAUCUUCAGGCUGGAUGUCAUUGUUUCUGAGAAGGCACAGAGAACUGAAACAUGUGAAAUGGAAGUCAAAGUUUAAGAACAUGUACACAGAAGAAGAAAAACGUGCAGCUGUUUUGGAGGCCAAAAGACUAGGUACCGGACAUGUUGGAAGGAAACUUGGCAUUGAUCCAGCGUUGAUCUGUGCUUGGAGGAUUAAAAUGGAUCGGGUGGCACCAAAGCAUCAGACAUUUUGGAAGGGGACAAAGUUGAAGAAGUUUGGAAAGCCUAUGUUGAAGUUUAAGCCUGUUGCCAAUGCUCCUACUGUGCCUGCUUUGACUGAAGCUUUCAGAGGUGUGGUACCGGAGUUUGAACAGAGAAUUAUUGAUCUCAUUCAUGAAGAACAUGAAAAAGAGGGCAGCAUUUCCUAUGAGGAGAUGAGUUCUAUUUCACAGUCUGUGUAUAAAGAAACCAGACCUUCAUUUAAAGCUUCAUAUGCAUGGAUUAGGAAUUUCAUGAAGAGGAAUGAGGGAAAGUUGAAGGAUUUGAAUAUCGAUAAUGUGAAGAAAGUAUUCUUACCUGAAGACGGCGAGGAGGAAACAAUUGGUGUGAAUCAACAAACAUCAUUCCAGCAAGACCCUGAGCUAGAUGACUCUCAACUGUGCAAGCUUUUUAACCAGAAGAGACCAAUAAUUGUCGGCCAGUCAAGGGCAUUUGACACCAAGACGGAAAAGAAACUAGUCCAAUGGGUUGUUGAACAACAGCAAAAGAACGGCUAUGUAUUUCUGGAUCAGUUCAAAGCUUUUGCACAGUCGCUGUACAAAGGGGAAAAGAAGUUUGCUGCCACCCAAGCUUGGAGAAUUAAAUUUCUUAGAAGAAACCAUGCUGCCCUGAAGCAUGUAAGGUUCACCUCAAGUUUCAGGAAUCAGUACACACUAGAAGAAAAGAAGGUCAUUGUUCAGGAAGCAAAAAAAUUUGGAGUGGCUCAUGUCUCCAAGAAGACUGGCAUAGAGCACACUUUGAUAAAUCAGUGGAAAAUAAAACUAGAAAGAGCAGGAAUUAUACCAAAGGAUACAGAAUCAUCACCAGUUGUUCCUUCAAGUCCAAGCCAGAAAUCUCCUGUCUUAUUAUCGGCUCUGAAAAGUCCUGUUGGCAGUAAUGUUGGCCCUGGAUUGUAUAGUACUAGAGGCAUUGUUCCAGCCAUGGAAAACAAGAUCAACCAGAUGAUAAACAAUAAAAUGGAUGAAGAGGGGUCCGUGACAUAUCAGUUUGUUAGCAUGGCAGCACGGGCGGUGUACAAGGAAACACGGCCACAGUUUAAGGCAAGCUAUAACUGGGUGAAGGAUUUUCUCAAGAGGAAUAAGAAAGCUCUUAGGCAUGUGGACUUCGAGUCAACUGGAAAGUCUGAUGUCGGGAAAGGAGAAUUAGAUGUUGAAAUUCUCGUCCCUGGUGACACUGUGGGCAAUGCUGAAGAUUACUUUUAUGAAGAAUUUAGUCAAGAUGCAGAUGAUUCAUUCGGAAACUUUGGAGAAGAUUCCAUGCAUUCUGCAGUCAGUCAUGAAGAAAUGGAGACUGACGAACCAUCUGUAGGCAGGGAUCCAAUGAUUGUUAUUGAAAAUGCUGAAUCUGGUAUAGAAUCUCAAAGGGAGAGGAGUCUUGAAGGGGAAUCUAACCCUGCUUUGGAUAAAAUCUCACAAACCAAGAGGCCAAUAAUAAUUGGUAAAGCAAAGCAUUUUUCAAGAAAAGAAGAGAAGAAGAUUGUUGAAUGGCUAAUAGAGACACAAGAGAGGGAAGGUUAUGUGUUCACGGAUGACUUCAGGAGAUACGCUCGAACUCUUUACAUAGGUCAACCAGGGAAGUUUGGUGCCACUAAUGCUUGGAUCACAAAAUUCCUGAGAAGAAACAGGCUUGAGAAUAAGAUUAAGUUUCAGUCAAAACUUGUUGGAAAUAAUCCAAAGUAUGAAGAAAGAAUCAUUGAGCUUAUUCUUGAGCAGCAAGAAAAGGAAGGAAGUGUGUCCAAUGAUGAUAUUCAAAAAAUAACUAUGUCUGUCUAUAAAGAAAUCAGACCAAAUUUUAGAGCCUGUUACAACUGGAUUAGAGACUUUAUUAAGAGGCAUAGAUCAAGCUUAGCCGAUGUUGAACUUGAAAAUGUGAAGAAAGUGUACAUUCCAGAUGACAACGAAAAAGAUGGAGUUCUUAUAAGAGAUUAUGAUCCUUCAAUGAAUUUGUCAAUAUUGGAUAGUUACUCUGAAGCUAGCCGUACCAGCUUUGUUGGGGACGGUAAUGCUAGCUUUGAAGAGGCCAAUAUGAAUGACAGUUCAUGGGUUGACCUCGAUAGUUCUCAUGACCUUGAUAAUUCAAGAUUGUCGUUCAAUUCUCCUUCCACUAGCCAAUCCAGUGGCAACAUACUUGAUAAAUUAGCCAAUCAGAAACGGCCUAUCAUUAUUGCACCACCAAAGAUGAUGGACAUAAAAACAGAGAAGAAAAUUGUACAAUGGAUGAUUGAGCAACAAGAACAGCAAGGCUGUGUGUAUCUAGAUCUGUUUAAGCAAUAUGCCAAAUCUCUUCACACAGGUCCAAAGCGCUUUGCUGCAACUCAGGCCUGGAUGACUAGAUUCAAACAGCGAAACCAUGCAGCAUUGAAAAAUGUGAUAAUCAAAUCCAGAUUCCGUAACGAGUAUUCAGUGGAAGAGAAAUUGGCCAUCGUUGAAGAGGCAAAGAGACUUGGUUGCAACCAUGUGGGAAGAAAGUUGGGCAUUAAUGGAGGUGUAAUCUACAGUUGGAAACAGCAGCUAGAACAAGCGGAGAAGAUGGGGACUCCAGUAAAACUGACUGACUCACUUGAUGCUGGGGAUAUGGAUAGUUCAAGAGGAGUUGUUCCAGAAUUUGAGAUGGCUAUUGUUAACAUGGUGCUGGAAACACAGAGGGCUAAAGGCAGUGUGUCGAAUGAUGAUAUUAGUAUGUGUGCCAGGUCUGUUUAUAAAGAAACAAGGCCACACUUCAAGGCUAGCUACAAUUGGGUUCUAGACUUCAUCAGAAAGUACAAGGAUCACUUUAAGGAGGUUGUUUUUGAGAACAAGAAGAGGAUCAUAUCUGAAGAAGAAAAACUGCACAUUUUGUCUGAAGAGAAGAAGUAUGGGACUGAGCAUGUUACAAAGAAACGGAAUAUCGCGCCAAGUACUCUGAGUAACUGGAGAAAGCAGAUGAGGGAAAAGGCAAUUCCCAUUCCAAAGUUUAAGGCCAUAGUGAGUUCGAAAAUCAAAAAGAAGUAUGCAAAGAAACAGCUGAAGUCAUACUCUCCAGAAGAGAAGAGAAGGAUGGUGGCAGUGUGUGAGCAGAAUGGUGUGACUUAUGCUUCACUGAAGCUGGGUGUGUCUCGAGGCAUGCUCACCAAGUGGAUUAGAUAUUUCAGGGACGAGGGUGAAAAUAUUGUCAUGAAUGCAACUCAUGCAUCAACCGCAAAGAAAGAACUGGAACAGAACAUAGUGGAUUGGAUUCUCGAAGAAAAUGAAAAACUUGGAAUUGUUCUCACCAAUCGAGUAAAGGACAAAGCCAAAAAAGUAUUUGAAGAAGCAUACACCAACUAUAAUGCAACAACUUACUGGUUGGAGAGUUUUUUGUCUGCUAACAGGAAAAAAUUUGAGCAUGUAAGGUUCAGGGAUGAUGGGGACAGGGAUUUAGAAUUUUCAGAUUCCAUUAAACUAAAGAUUGCGAGAUAUGCUGAAGUGCAUGGUGGGCCAACAACAGCUGACCUCACUGGACUUCUACCGAAGACCAUCUACCAUUGGCGUAGACUUAUGAAGGGGCAAGGUCACGAUCUGAAGGCAGACCCAACGGAAUUAUCUCCUGUGACAACAACUUCUGUGAAGACAGAAGCAGCAGAAACUGAGUUCGCAAGUGAGCCAAAGAGUCUAAUGCAGCAGAAGCUGGAUAGAGUAGCAGCAAAGUAUGAUCAGAAAACAAGGCAAGCGAUUGUGACUGAAGCAAGCAUUCAUGGCACGACAGCCAUUGCAGCAAAACAUAAGAUUCCUUUACCUCUGUUGCUGAAAUGGAUGAAGUCUACUAUCUCUGGUGCAAGUCCUAGUUCGACCCAGUCAAGAUCUUCCAGUUUUUCCAGUGAUGAACCAAUUCAUAGUCCAAAACAUGAAAAACUAACCAUCAGACUUCCCAGUGUGGAAAAAAGUCAAUACAGUAAACACUCAAAAGAAUUUAAGAAAACUGCUGUUGAGGAGGUAAAGAAACAUGGCAUUAGUGCUGUUAGUGAAAAGUAUGGCAUUGGAAAAUCUACCCUGUACUAUUGGACAAAGGAUGAAAGGGAAUCAAGUACUGAGAGCUCAAGGGAGUCUGUUGAAAGAAAACGAUCAAUAUCUAGUAGUAGCAGGAAGAGUCUGGAAAAUGAGAAUAAGACCUCAACGCCUUUGGCUCUGAAAGACAUCAAGAAAGAACCAGACACCACAGAUGAAAGUAUUUCUGAAUCUUCUCUUGGUACUCCUCUCCAAAAGGUGAUGUCAGAUAUUGGUUCAUCCAGGAUUAUGAGAAGAUACAGUGAUGAACAGAAAAUAGAAGUGGCAAAACGGGCACAUGAGUUUGGUUGCAGAGAAACCGCUCAAGAAAUGAACAUUCCCUUGACCAAUGUUACAAGAUGGAAAGAGACAUACAAGAAAGCUGCUUUGAAACUGAUUAGAGGUGGGUCCAGAUCACCAAGACAACUGUCCACAUCGUCAAUUUCAUCUCCAACUAGUUCCACAUCAAGCAGUUCAUCUCUAAAGAGAAAGGCAAAUGAUGUUGACCUGACAAGUUUAGGGUACAAGAGAGCAAAGUUUAGUGAAGAAGAGAGAAUAGGUUUCGUGAAGGAGAGUGAAAAGGGUAACAUUCAGGCUGUCGCUGACAAGGCUGGAGUGUCAAUAGAUUCCCUUUACAAGUGGCGUAGCAAGUACCUGCCUGGGAUCAGACUAGCAGCUGCUACUGAGGCUCGGAAAUCUCCAGACGAUGGUAGAGAAUCAUCACCAGCUAUGCCUGCUCCUAGAAAUAAGUUUGGUCUUGUCGAAGAGCCAGUUUCUUCUGGGAACAAUGAUCCUACUGAUGAAACGGAUGGGUUUGAAGAUCCAGAAAAUAUUGUUGCAAGGCUCACUGAUGAUGAUUUAGCUCAGAUUGAAGUGAAUACUCGGGUGUCUGCAGAAAAGAGUGUUGAGCAUGUAAUAGAUACGAACAGUUUCUCAGCACGUGGUUUGGUAGAGUUAGGCACAUCCACAACUGGAAGCCCUCAUGCUCAACCAAUUGACGAUUUUGAUAUAAUGGCUGCUGAUCAGUUGAUGGAGAUGACAUCAAGCUAUAUGGACGCAGAAAAGGAACAGGAACAAGAACACAGAAAAGUGGCUGAGCGGAAAGAAGCUGAAACUAUUGAUCUGGAAUUAGUUGCUAGUAAAGACAAUGACCAGAGAGCAACAGGUGAACCGCUUGUUCCUGGAAAAACUAGUAAGUCAUUAGGACUUGGCAAUAUUCAGAUUGUGAAUGUAAAAAGUGAGGCACAGUCUUAGUGUAUGUUACCAUUUAACAAAUGAUCAGGAAAUAAUUGCAAGUAAAUGACCACAGAGCAACAGGUGAACUCCCUCCUCCUGAGAGUAAGUCAUUAGGACUUCGCAAUAUUCAGAUUGUGAAUGUCAAAGUUAGGUGUAGUCUUAGUGUAUGUAAUCAUUUAGCUUGUAAAAUUGACCAAAAAAGGAACCAUUUGAACCACCUGUUUCGGAGAAUAAACCUUCAGGACCGCAAUAUUCAGAUUAUGAAUGUAAAAGUGAGGCAAAGUCUUAGAGUAUGGUAUCGUUAAGCUUGUAAAACAAUGGCCAAAACAGGAACCAUGUGAACCUCGUGCUUUCGGAGAAUAAACCUUGGCACAUGGCAAUAUUCAAAUUGUGAAAGUGAAAAGAUAAAUGGGCCUGUAAUAAAUUUGCUAUUGAAAUGUCCUCAGAGCACCAUGUGACUGUUCAACUCAACCUGCCCCUGAGAGUAAAUCUAUGGGAACAUUCAGAUUGUUAAUGUGAAGAGAGAGGCAGGGUCCCAGUAUUUUUGUAGCAAUUCAAUUUGUUUGUUGUCUGUUUUAUGAUGUUUACUGUACAUUUAUAUUUCAUAGGAGCUGUUGAAUUUCAUUUUGUUUGAAUUGUUUUAAGGUCAGUGACAUGAUUAUGUAUGUAAUGUAAUUGAUUUGAAAAGCAUUUUUUUACUUUUGAGAGAGGUUGCUAUACUGUCAUGGAAUAUAAUGUGAAUUUUUAAUUACAAAUCAUAAUCUUGCCUUUUUGUGUGAGUUAAAAGAUGAUUAAACUAGUCAAUUUAAUUAAAAUUAUUCAUUUGCGUUCAGUAAUUAAGAAUUGUUUGAAUUUCUAGAGAUGUUUCUAAUUGACAGAUUGUGUUAAGUAUUUGUUUUCGUAAAUGUAAUAUGUAAUAUUGUACAUGUGUAAUGAUGUGAUUUGGUUGUCCAUUUUGUAUGAUUUAUUGAAAAAAACUGAUUUAGUUUUGAAAUAUUGUCUAUUUGUAAAUUUUGUCUGAGACAGGAAAAUGGCUUCAAAAACAUCCGAUUUUUCCGUGUUUUCAGUAGUUGCAAAAAAAAGUUGGUUGUCCAUUUUGUAUGAUUUAUUGAAAAAAACUGAUUUAGUUUUGAAAUAUUGUCUAUUUGUAAAUUUUGUCUGAGACAGGAAAAUGGCUUCAAAAACAUCCGAUUUUUCCGUGUUUUCAGUAGUUGCAAAAAAAAGUUGAGGUAUUGUUGAGGUGAAGUUGGCAUUGGUGUCGUCAAAAAUGUUAACCUUGGCCAUAACUCAAAAACCAUUUAAGAUAUUAAUUCAAGUGGAACUUGGUACACAUAUUGCCAGUGAUAAAACACUCAUAUUUAAGGCUUAAAUGUGUAACUUUUGGCUUUAAUAAUUGUAAAAUUAAUUUGUUUGACUGGAGAAAAAACAACAGACAUGCAUUGCAAUCAGAAUACUACAGCCUUUUUCCAAUGAAACAACCUCGGAUGUAUGCCAGUGCAUUAGUACAAGUAGUUAAUCAAUUGUAGCAUUUUAACGUGUAAUUUGUUCAAAUUGAUUCCCAGUGGAGUGCAUUAUUGCAAGAUUCCUAAAAGUCAAGUCCUUAGGCUAAACUGCUAAAUUAAAAUUUCUACGCAAUCUACUUGAAACGUAGUUAUAAAGAAUUCUGACAUUGUAAACCGUCCAUAUACAUCUGAGGUUGUUAUCGAUGUCAAAAUGGCUGAGGUGUUCCGAUUGAUGUUUUUUUGUUUUUCCCUGCAACACUUUGGUUAGUUAUUUUAUAAGCGAUACUAGGUAAGCGAUGUCAAAAUUGUUCAACUAAAAACAUUUUUCUAUUGGAAUAUGUAUAGAAUUUUGUACUAGGAAUUAAGUGGAAAAAGAUGGGAGGAAAUGUUAGUGCGGGUAGGGUGAGAUUUAUUAUCAAUGAUUGAUAAGUAUGACUUAGAAGUGAAUUGUUAUCCAUGCAAUCUUGAAAACUGUAAACUUGAUGCCAUUUGUAAAGAAUCUUAUAAAUAAAGCAUUCUAAGUGUCAAAAUAAAAUGUGUUCAUAUUAACCAUGUAAAUAUUUGUUUUCCUACUACCCAUUUAUUUCAAUAGGUGCUUAAUUUCUGUGUUAUGGAUUCACUUUGUUAAUGAACUAGUUUUUUGUAAGCUGGUCACUACACAUGUGUGCAAUUUUUAAUUUGUUUUACAUGUUUUUGUCUAAAGCAAAACAUUAGUCUUUGUAACAGUUUGUUAACUGAUUAUGUUUAUAUUUUCUUAACCUUUAGGUGCUCUUUACUCUAUGAAAAUAAAAAAAAUGUUUACAAUGCCAUGGAAAAAAUUGAGGGGCCAUGAAAAAUGAUAUAUCUUCAUAGAUUUCUUUUCAUUUUUAAACAAUUCUUAUUUAUGUAGUGUGAAAGAAUGAGAGUAAUCUGUCUAACUAUUCUUGAUCAUUUCAAAACCUGGCGAAACUUACAAUACAUGCAAUUGAAGGCACCAGUAUGGUAAUGUUAUGUUGUUAAUGUUGUUCUAUAUUCUGUCUCGUAAUCUCUCUUUCCCUCCGUCUCUUAUAACUGUUUUUUUUUUUGCCUUCCUGCUCUCGUCGCUGCAAUGGACUUGAGCUACUACAGGAGUUUGUUAAUGACUGAAGGUAUUUUUUUAUAUGAAUUUCUAAUAUGAUUUCAUUUUAUUUCAUUGUUAACUGAAAUGUAAAAACCUUGGUGUUGUCAGUAUUAUUGUUCAGAAACUUAAACUUUGGCCAAAAAGUGAAAACCAUGUUCAACAAACAUUCAAAUGAAACUCGGUGCACAUAAUGCCAGAAACAAUACCCACGUUCAGGAGAGAGGUAAUAAUAUAACCUUAAGUUCUCUCCUCAAUCCUUGUGUUGAUAUAUGUGAAUUCUUCCAAUGUAUUUGCAAGAAAUAAAGAAACUUUUUUUAAAACCCGAGUGUACAUCAAGGCCCAAACUCUGCCUUUAAUGACUAUUGAAUUAUUUCCCUUCUUAGACUGAAAAACAACAACAACACGCUAGCAUUGCCUAUAGUUUCGUGAUGCUCUUGUUAAACACAUAUAUUUAUAACACGACGCAUGGUCUGUGAGUACAGUUUGAAAAAUAUUCAUUUUUUAAACAUAAUUGUAAGAAAUGUUACUUGUUUUUUUACUGUUAUGAAUUGCUGUUCACACGUAUGUCUGACUUUGUAUGAAUUAACAACCAAUGGGACUUCCAUUCACAUAAUAGUAGCAAAACAAAUCAUCACUUUUAUUUGUAAUAUUUCAUACUAUUGUUAUUUUAAUUUACAACUGUAAUAUAGUAUGUCUUAUUUUGUCGACGUAAGUCUGUUUUGGGAUAUUCAAGUUUAUAUGUAAAUAUGUUCUAGUCCAUGUUGUUCUUGUCUGUCAACUUAAGUGUGUAUUAAUGGUACUAGUAAAUCUUCAUUUUGUAUUUUGAGUAUACUGUUUAAUGUUGUCAAUAAAUUUUUAAAAUGACAAGUUUUUCAUUGCAUACACAAAAGGUAUUGCACAUAAUACAAUAAUACCUAUGCAACUUGAA